AUGGAGAACCCCAUCGCGCCUUUGAGCACAUUAAUGUUGGACCAGCCAUCUUAUCUGGACUCUCUAUUCGGACUCGUCCAUUCAACAGAAUCUCUAUCGUCAAAAGGCUUUGUGACAACCCGCCUGUCAGAGGCCGACCUCGAGAAAAAGCGACGUUGUGCGAGAUGCAACAUUUUACUUAUCAAGGAAGAAAGAAGAAGAAGUCGACAAAAGGCAUUUCUCGCAAAACAGUCCGUGCCUUCGACUAAUCCAAAUUCCCUGCAGAGCAAGGUCACGGACGAGGUUGAUGCAAUUCGGAUGGAUCAAUUGCAGCUGAAAGAGCCGAGCAAACCAGCUGCGCUCUGCAAGUUUCAUGACGGGAAGCUUGUCAACAAGAAGUGGACUUGUUGUGACCAGCAUGUGAUGGGCCCUCCUUGCAAGGAAGAGGAUGAACACAAACCUGAACAACGUACCCUCAAAGAGAUUUCCAGUCGCUGGCAGUACUCCGCAACGCCAUCUACCACGACAAAGGAGACACGCAAAGCUGUCGUAAUUGACUGUGAAAUGGGAACUGCCGCAUCUGGUGACAAUGAGUUGAUCCGCCUGACUCUUAUCGACUAUUUUUCCAGCGAUGUUCUGAUCGACAAAUUCGUCUGGCCUGAUGUUCCAAUACAGCACUUGAACACCAAGUGGUCAGGCGUAACAUGGAAAAUGAUGAACGAAGCGCGGAACAAGCGAAAGUGCGUGUUUGGCUGGAAGAACGCCCGGUCUUUGGUCUGGAAGUUCGUGAGUUCAGAGACCAUCGUUAUUGGUCAUGGUGUCCAAUCAGAUCUUACUUCAUUGCGAUGGAUUCAUCCUCGACUUAUCGACACCCUUAUCGUCGAGCGUGACAAUGAUGACAGGAAGACUGGGCUUUCGCUGAAGAGGUUGGCGGAGGAGCGAUUGGGCCGGGCCAUACAGCAGGGGAGAGGUCACGAUAGCCUUGAGGAUGCGAUUGCGACACGAGACUUGCUUCACUGGAAUGUUCUGAAGUUGACUGGGGGACUUACAGAGGCUUGA